AUGCAGUCUGCGGAGCCUCUUCAUCCAGAAGACGACAGUAGCAGUCGACCGGCCAUGCCUCCACCUGGUCUGCGAACAAGCCGCACGAGCAGCCCCACCAGCAGCGACACCCAUGCCAAACGCCGCUCCACCAACCAUGUCACUAGUAGUACUAGGAAACGCGGCGGCAGCAGCAGCACAAGCAAGACGCGGUCCAUAUCCUCUCACGCAACAACGUCCGACAAGACUCCGGCCAUUCUCCAAACAUCCAAGAGCGUCUUGUACGGACGACUCGUCUUUCUCGUGGUGCUGGUGACGGCCGCGGCCGGAUUGGGCUAUGCCGCGUAUGCGCUCAUGGCAGCAGCGCAAGAGUCGCAAGCGGCAUCCCGGUUUGACAGCAUUGCGGAACGGGCGCUGUCCGUGGCGCAGUUGGUGGUGCAAGAAAAGAAAAAGGCCACCGAUUCACUCGCCUUGAUGGUCGGAUCCGCCAAUCCACAAGCGGACGCAUGGCCCAAUGUCUACCUGGACGGAUACACGUCCAUUGCGCGGAGUUUGGGGAUUGUCACGGAAGGAUCACUCUCGUUUUGUCCCAUUGUCCAACCGGGUGGAGCCCAACAAGCGUCGUUUGAAGCAUUUGCCUACGACUUGUUCUACAAUACCAGCAACUACGACAAUACAACCGGUGUCAGUGCCUUUGGACGCGGCAUCUUUUCCUUUGGCAAGGGACCGCACGGCAAUGCCACUUUUCCGGAUGGACGCUUUCCCAGUACCACUGGAUGGACGUACCAUCGUCGCGACCACAAGGAUAUAUUGCUGCCGUUCCUGCAAUCGGACCAUGGAGCGCAUCCCGUCCUCAUGCUCAAUGUCUACUUUGAACACAAUCGAGCUGCGGCCAUUGACAAUGUCAUGGCAUGUUCGGACGAACGCGCCCAAACGCAAGACUACGAACGAGAAUGUGGAAGUAUCACGGACCUCAUGUGGUCCGAAACCAAAGCCGAGGUCGAUCCAGGACCGGCAGGAAUGAUGAUGGUACCCAUUUAUCCUCGCAAGGAUCCAGCAAAGCUCACUGGCUUUAUCGUGGGCAAACAAAUCUGGCACGAUCUCCUCAAGCACGGUUUUGAAUCCGAUGUCAAUGGCCUUCAUGUCGUCCUACGAACGCCCACACGGGCUCACACCUACCGCAUCCAAGACGGAAUGGCCGUCUAUGCCGGGGAAGGCGACUUGCACGACACUUCUGCACACUUGUUUUCCUCCGUCGGAACGCGCAUCAAUCCACGCUACUUUAGCAACAACACGGUACCCUACUACAUGGACAUUUACGCCACCCAAGACUACAUGCUUGCCUAUCAGACCAACAAUCCCAAAACCGCAUGUAUUGGGGCGGUACUCAUCAUGGCCUUGACCGCACUCCUCUUUUUGGGAUAUGAUUACUUUGUCCGACGAGAAUUUCAUGACAAGAAGAAACUACUAGAAGCCAAACGACAGUUUGUGCGGUAUGUCAGUCAUGAGGUCCGAACGCCCUUGAACACUGUGUGCCUUGGCUUGACGCUGUUGCAACAUGACUUUGCCAGCGUCUUGGGACUGCGGCGUGGAUCGCAAUCCAGCACCACCACCACCAAGAUGGUUGGAGACAAGAUUGACAAGGAACGAGUCGAAGAAUGGAUGCAAUUGUCGACACAAGUCUUUCAAAAUGCCGAUGCAGCUGUUGGUGUGCUGUCGGACCUACUCAACUAUGACAAGAUUCAAAUGGGCACGUUGACAUUGGAGUUGUCGCUGAUACCCAUUUGGCAUUCGUUGGAACGGACGGUGCAUGAAUUCAAGAUUGCAGCCCUGGAAAAGCGAGUCCACUUGACGAUUGACUUUUCGCGUCUCAAUGGCAAGGAUGAUGACGAUGUCGAGGCAUGUUGUUCGAGUGGUGUGCCGUCGGAUCUCGGCUUUUGCAAGGUAGUGGGUGACAAUGUGAAGCUGACGCAGGUCUUUCGAAACUUGAUUUCCAAUGGACUCAAAUUCUCUCGCGAAGGCGGAAACCUGAUUGUGCGAGUCUUUGAAAAGCAGCUCCCGGAACACAAACGAAGAGACGAGAUUGUGGCAUUGGCCAAGGAAGAGCGAGUAACACUCAUUCUUCGAGGCGAUGUAGUCAUUCAAGUGAUUGAUGACGGAGUGGGUAUGACAAAGGAGCAAACCAAGACGGUGUUUGAUGACGGCACACAGUUUAAUGCCAACAAGUUCCAAGCCGGUGGGGGGUCGGGCUUGGGGAUGAACAUUUCACAAGGAGUUGUCAGCCAGCACGACGGAAAGCUGUCGGCGCAUUCCGGUGGUUUGGGAAUGGGAAGUAUUUUUACCGUUACGCUCCCCCUCUAUGAGACCAAUGAAGACGAAAAGUCUACCCAUGACCCAACAGACGCCACACCGUUGAAGGACGGGUCAGGAGGCAAAGAAGAAGACAGCGAGUUUUCUAUCCCCAAGCUGAACAUUUUGGUGGUGGAUGAUGCCGUUUCCAAUCGCAAACUGUGCAUUCGUUUGCUGCAACGGAGCGGUCACACUUGCGAGGGUGCUUGUGACGGAAAGGAAGCGGUGGAAAUGGUGAAGAAAGCCAUGGAAUCCGGGAAACCAUACGACUGUAUCCUGUUAGAUUAUGAAAUGCCCAAUAUGAACGGUCCUGAGGCCUGUGAGAAAAUGAGGAAGAUGGGAUGCUCGUCUUAUAUUGCCGGGGUUACUGGGAACGUAAUGUCAGAGGAUGUGGAUCACUUUCGAAACUGUGGAGCCAACUGUGUGCUACCGAAACCCUUCCGACUAGAAACGCUCGAGGAGCAGCUGGUCGAGGACGGUGUCACUCCUUUUGAACAGGACGAGAUGGUUCGAGUGGAAUCUGGAGGCAAUUUGGUCGAGAUGGGCGAUGAUGUGGCCCUCUCACUUUCCAGUCUAGCGUCGCUAGAACGGAAUAGUGGCCAACCGUUCUUUGAUGUUUGA